AGCAUGUGUGUGUUUGUGUGCGUUGUGUGUGUGUGGUAGACAGGUUAGGAUGGAAUUGUUGAAUUAGCAUGAGUGUCAUAUUAGAUCAUUAGAUAUUAUAAGAUCAUCCUGGAAAAAAUGUUCUUGGCGAGAGUCAUUAGAAAGUCCGCGGUGGCGGUGAGUCCGGUUAAGCAGCGGUGUAAGCUGUACUCGCAUCAGGCGUCGUCGAGGGCUACAGUUCGCCCUACCCUGCCUUUGGGAUGCUUGCGAUUCUGCAGCGACAGCCCACCUAAAUGUUGGAAUUGCGACUACACGUACAAGUCCGAGCUGUUCUGCUCGAAGUGCAAGGUGUUGCAGGAAUGGCCGGGGAACUUGAACUAUUUCGAUAUCAUGGGAAUCAAAAGGGAAUACAACGUGGCGAGCGAGGAGAUUCAUAAAAAGUACAGGGAGCUGCAGAAAAUGUUGCACCCCGACAAGUUUGGCAACAAAUCCGAGAAAGAAAGGCAAAUCUCAGAGAAGUUGUCGUCUCUAAUAAAUAAGGCUUACAGUACGUUGGCGCAUCCAUUAAAAAGAGGAUUAUAUAUGUUGCAAUUAAAAGGUAUAUCAAUACCAGAAGGUACUACCAGUUUGAAUGCAAAAUUUCUCAUGGAGAUUAUGGAACGUAACGAAGAGAUAGAAAAUGCGAUGGAGGACAGAGAUAAGAUCUUGAAACUGGCCAAAGAAUCCAGGGAACUGCUCGACACAAUGUCAAAGCAAGUGGCAGAGGCGUUCAGUAAAGAAGAUAUUGACACGGCAACGAAGAUUUUAAUAAAAAUGAAGUAUUACGAUACUGUAGAUAACAGGUUAAAGAAGCUGAAGCAUGACUUAGGUGUAGUAGAAUAAAUACAUUGCAGUUUUUGCAAAAUACAAA